GAGUGCCUCUCUGUCUCAGUGCCAACGUCAGUAAUAGCGGGUCGUUCGAAGGAAGAAGACACACACGUGACACGUCUGAAAAUGAGCCAGAGGAAAAGGAGCAGCAUUUGGGUGCACUUUUCUCGCGGAGAAAACAGUAAGGCUACAUGCAGCAUUUGUCAAAAGUCAUUUCAUUUAAGUCUGGGUCAACAAAUAAUUUACACAGGCAUUUGAAGACUCAACACCCAACACUGCAGGUCACAGGUUUGAGAGCAGAGCCAGACUCAGACAACAACAGUGACACUGAUGUGUCCAUUGCCUCCUCUGCCUCCACAUCAAGUGCAACUGCAGCCACAGCAGCCUCUGACCCCACUGGGCCCACCACAUCGCCUGGCCAGGCACGACCAAAAAGAAAGCAGACAUCAAUCAGUCAAUAUUUACCUCCUGUCUUGACCCCAUUAAGACAGGAGAAGAUAGACGAAGAGCUGGCAAAGAUGAUAGCCACUGACUUCCAGCCUUUCUCAAUAGUGGAGGACACAGGAUUCAAAAAAUAUUCACAGGUGCUCAACCCCUCCUACAUUCCUCCAAGUAGGAAGGCACUAGCCCAGAAGGUCACGGAUAUGUAUGACAGGGAGACAGCAUCUUUGAAGAGAAGGGUGUCAAAAGUACCAGCUGUCUGUUUAACCACAGACUGUUGGACUUCAAGAACGACAGCAUCAUAUAUGUCUGUAACCUGCCAUUUUAUCGAGGAUUUCCGUGUGGCCUCCUGCCUCCUGGACUGUUUUGAAUUCAGUGAGCGGCACACAGCAGACAACAUUGCACAACAGCUGCUUAGUGUUGCAGCAGAGUGGGGGGUGGACAAGAAAGUAGUGUGCUGCCUAACCGAUAAUGCGGCAAAUGUUACUAAGGCUAUACAAACCAUUGGAUGGAUGCACCUACCAUGCCUGGCCCAUACUAUUAACCUGGUGGUAAGAGAUGCCCUGCAAGCUUCAAAGCAUUGAUAAGGUGAAAGAGGCAGUGGAAUACUUUCACAGAAGCACCGUGGGGGCACAAAAACUGAAGGAGACUCAACUACAAAUGAAGAUGGCGGAGCUCCGACCGAAACAGGAUUGUCCUACAAGGUGGAAUUCCACCUACUACAUGUUGAAAAGCUUUAUUGCCAGUAAAAAUGCCAUAAUCUCCACCCUGGCCGUCACCAAUGCACCUGUCCGCCACCUGUCCCAGGAGGAAUGGACCACAGUGCAAGAAAUGUGCACAAUCUUGCAACCAUUUGAGGAAGUCACUGUGGAACUCAGUGCAGAAAGCUACUUGACAGCCUCGAAGGUCAUAGUGCUGGCCAGGGGACUUCAAAGAGCCACCGCUGAUUUCCGGCGAAACACUACAACAGCGGCAGCGCAAGGUGUGAUCGACAGUCUGUGUGCGAGUAUGUCAUCGCGAUUCCACAGGAUUCAUGCCAACCACAUACUAGCAGAUACUGCUGCACUUGACCCGCGUUUUAAGAGGAUGGCCUUCCCUGAUGGCAGAACAGCAGAUGAGACGUUUCAAAGGCUGUCAACUGCAGCAGCAAGAAUUAGCAGUGGCACACCCAUCCAACAGCAACCAGCUGUGGAAGGACUGGAAGGAGCAGGCAGUGGUGCUGGAUCAAUAGUUUGGAGCUAUUUCCAUGAGGAACAGGUAGAACAGUGGAAGCCAGGAAUCCCACCGCCGAUGCUGUCAUGGAGGUGCGAGCCUACCUGGAGGAGCCUCUUCUUCCAACACAUGAGGAUCCCCUCAAGUGGUGGGAGAGUCGUGCCCCUGUUUACCCCAGGCUUAGCAAGCUGAUGGCCAAGAAGCUUUGUGUUGUGGCGACAUCAGUUCCCUCUGAGAGAAUAUUCUCGAAAACUGGACAGAUAAUCUCAGAGAGGAGAAGCCGCCUUAAGCCCAAAAAGGUCAGAGCUCUUGUCUUCCUUAAUGCAAAUUUGCCCAAGGACAAAAAAGAGAGGCAGAAAAAGCCAUAAAGUAAGGAACUGCUUUGUAUUUAUUUACAUUGCAUUUUGUGUUCAUUUAAAACUUGAAGGGGCUGAUCUCUUAUUUGCAAAGUUUACAGUAGUUAUAGUAGUAAUAGUGGACUGUAUGUAGACAUUUCCAUUUUAUUUAUUCUAAUUUUAUCUACAGUGUAUGUCUAAUACUUUAAAUAUUUUUUGUUAUCUAUCAAAAUGUUAUUUUGUGAUACUGUUCUUGUAUAGAAAUGUUUCACUAAAAGCUGUUUUGCACAGACAUUCAUUGCAGCCCACUUUGUUAUUGUUCAUUUAAGACUUGAAGGGGCUGAUGUCCUAUUUGCAAAGUUUACAGUAGUAAUAGUAGUAAAAGUGGACUGUAUGUAGACAUUUCCAUUUUAUUUAUUCUAAUUUUAUCUACAGUAUAUUUAAAACUUUAAAUAUUUUUUGUAUUCUAUCAAAAUGUUCUUGCGUGACAACAAUGUUCUUGUGUGGAAGUGUUUGUAGUAAAAGCUGUUUUGCUCAGAAAUUUAUUGCAGCCGGCUUUGUUUUUUAUGUUUAUUUGUGAGUAGGUAUUGUAUGAAUAACAUAAGUCAACGUAGCUUUACACAUACACACACUUUGUACUAAAGGUAAAUCCAAAAUAGUGAUGUCACUGUCUAAGCAGAGGGAUGUUAUGCAACCCUAUGGAAUAUAGUCCACACAUGACAAAUGAGGUAAUAAUCAAUAUUUCAGAAUAAUUCAAACUCAGAUAUUGGUGUGUGAUAUCUGAGUUUUAAUUAUU